AAGCGCAGUAAUCUGGUAACCCUGUUCCAAAGAGUAAUUAAAAAUACAAAAACAUUUUUAAAUUCAAGACCUACGUUGUACGUAUUCAAUACCCAGGUACCACGAUAUUUAUUACUCUCUACCAAGAACCAGGUACCUAUGCAAUAAAUCAAUAAUUUCAGUAUUCUGCGUUUCAUCUGAAGGCUAAACGUACCUAGUGACCAAAUUCUUUUUGAAGUGUUAAAGAAUGCAGAGAGCAGUGGCGCUCAUCCCCCGCCGCUGCAACAAGCCAGAUUCGCUUGCACAGCUCACGCAUCUAUGCUCACAGUUUUAGCCUAACUAACCUACUGUUGCUGCCUCUUUCAACUGUUUUCUGGUAUAGGCACAUAUCGCAUAAGAAAUAGCGAUGCUGUAUUCAAAGCCCUUGAUUCUGCAUUGGAAGCCGGAUAUCGUAUGUUUGAUACGGCAUCGGUGUACGGAAAUGAAGUGCACAUAAAAAACGCUUUCAGCGUAUUGCUACCAAAGUAUGGCCUCGAGCGCGAGGACAUAUUCAUAACAACAAAACUCUCACCUUCAGAUCAUGGUGGCGGUGAACUCACCGAGAAGGCUUGCCAACAAUCACUCGAUAAUCUGGGAGUGGACUACGUGGACCUAUAUUUGAUCCACUUCCCUGGAAGCGCGAAGAUACCAGCUGAUGAUAAGCGCAACCGUGAAAUGCGUGAAAUGACCUGGUCCAAGCUCACCGAGCUGUACGAUGAUGGCAGGAUGAACGCGCUGGGUGUAUCCAACUUUACGAUACGCCAUCUCAAAGAUUUGAUGAAAUGCAACCAUGGCGUUGUUCCUGCUGUAAACCAAGUGGAGUGGCACCCAUACUACCAUCAGAACAGUCUUUACAAAUAUUGCAAGGCAAAUGAUAUUGUGCUGCAAGCCUAUUGCUCGUUGGGCGGCACGUCAGCUUCCAAUACAGCACUUCUUAAUGAUCCAGUGGUGGUGAGGACUGCGAAGAAACUGGAAGCGACUCCCGCUCAAAUAUUACUUGUCUGGGCACUGCAACAAGAUAUUGCUAUCAUUCCAAAGUCUAUUACCCCGGAGAGGAUAAAGGAAAACUUCUCGCUCAAUUUCAAGAUUCCCGAUGAAGACAUGAAAGCGCUCCAGCAACUUGGCGAAAAUAACGUAAAAUAUGCAUGGGAUCCCAGCAUCAUAGCUUAAGAACUUAAAGGUUAAGAAUUGAAGAAAUAUCAUUAUGUAACAUUUUAUCUCUAUGUGUCUGCCUAAAAUAUUCAAUGGGAUCGGUUUUAUUUGUCCCGUUUUAAACGUUUAUUAUUGUUAUUAAAGAGACAAAUUAGUAUUCCAAUAUUAAAAAUUAUUCCAAUCUUAAAUCAUUUUGUAGAGUUAUAAUGAAAUAUAUUG